CCAAAGUCCAGUUUCUGAAGAAAGGACACAAGACCAGUUUGACAGCAUGUUUUAAUCAGUUUACUGUAAUAUACAAAUCACGGAGAAAAUGGCAGAAUAUAAAGAAAUAGAUUCUGUGGCUGUGAUCGAAUUGAAAAACCCUCCAGCAAAUGCCCUAAGUAAAGCUUUGGUAACUGGAUUGAACAAUGGGGUAAAGAGAGCUAUUGAUAAUCCAAGAAUCAAAUCAAUAGUUCUUAUAGGAAAUGGUCAGCAUUUCUCUGCUGGAGCAGAUAUAACAGAGUUUCCAAGGGUUGCUGAUGUCACUUCAAAACAAGGUGUAAGUUUAUUAACAGUAGGUGAUGUGAUAGAAUCUUGUAAUAAACCAGUGGUAUCUGCUAUACAUGGUGUAUGUUUUGGUGGUGGUUUAGAGAUAGCUUUAUUCAGUCAUUAUAGACUGGCUGUACAGUCAGCUAAGUUAGGCUUCCCAGAAGUUAGUUUAGGCAUAUUACCUGGUGCCAAUGGUACCCAGAGAUUACCCAGAGUAGUUGGCUUUGAAGUGGCCAUGGAUAUGAUAGUAUCUGGAAAACCAGUUUCAGCACCACAGGCUCUCCAGUAUGGAAUCUUAGAUAAGAUUGUUGAUGGAGAUUUAUUAACUGCAGCUGUUCAGUUUGCGAAAACCUUAAAUACAGUACCUCAUGAUAGAAGGUUAAAAAAUGUACCAGUUCCAAAUUCAGAAAAUGCAAACAAACAUUUUGAAGAGAAAUUGGCCAAAAUAAAACAGAAGCAAAGAGGAUAUAUAGCACCCAUAAAUUGUCUGAAAGCUGUCAAGGCAUCUGUUGACUUGCCAUAUUCAGAAGGAGUAACCAAAGAAUUCCAGCUCUUCAUGGAGUUGAUGUCAUCAGCACAAGCUAGAGGGCAGCAGUAUUCAUUCUUCUCUGAACGAGCUGCAACUAAGUGGUAUUUAAGUGCUAGUAAGAAUUAUAAAGUCAGUAAAGAUAUACCAGUGAAAACAGCAGGUGUUAUAGGAGCUGGUACUAUGGGAAGUGGUAUAGCUGUUUCUCUGCUAACAAGUGGUAUACCAGUUAUACUUGUAGAACAAGAUUCAAAGAAUUUAGAGAGAGGUAUCGAGUUAAUCAAGUCUAUUCUACAAGGUGGUGUCAAAUUGAAACGUAUGACACAAUCACAAAUGAAUCAAAUCUUACAAAUUUUACAACCAACAACUAAAAUAGAGGACUUACAAAGUGUUGAUUUGAUAAUUGAAGCUGUAUUUGAAAAUUUAAAGUUAAAACAAGAAUUAUUUUCCAAGUUAGAUAAGAUAUGUAAAAGAGACACAGUAUUAUGUUCUAAUACAUCUACUCUUGAUAUAGAUAAAAUAGCCAAAUCAACAAGUAGACCUGAGAAAGUGGUAGGAACCCAUUUCUUUGCUCCAGCUCAUAUCAUGCCAUUAUUAGAAAAUGUAUAUGGCAAUCACACGUCAGCUGAAACUAUAGCCACUGUUAUGAAAUUGAGCAAAAAGAUACGAAAGAUUCCAGUGUUAGUUAAGACAUGUCAUGGUUUUGUUGCUAAUAGAACUUUCUUCGAAUACAGCCAAGAGCUAAGAUUUGUCGUAGAAGAAGGGCUAUUACCCAAUGAAGUUGACGAUAUUUUAGAAGAUUUUGGUAUGCCCAUGGGAGUGUUUAAAGUCAAUGAUUUAUCAGGUAUUGAUGUUGGUUGGAGAAUAAGACAAGAACAAGCUAUAGCAAAUGGUUUCAAUUUAACAACUAAUACAAGAUAUAUAAAUGGUGAACGUUAUUGUGCUAUAGCUGAUAAAAUAUUCCAGGCUGGAAGAUAUGGAAGAAAAACAGGUAAAGGUUGGUAUCAAUAUGAUAAACCUGGUGGAAGAGUAGCUAUGGUUGAUCCAAACGUAAAUAAUAUUAUACUAAAUCAUUGUAAAGAACUUGGUUUAACCAGACGCAAGAUAUCUACUCAGGAAGUUAUAGAAAGAUGUAUGUUUGCUGCUAUAAAUGAAGGUUUUAGAUGUUUAGAAGAUGGAAUAGCCUCGAAACCGGAAGAGAUUGAUACUAUUUGGCUACAUGGUUUUGGUUUUCCCAGAUAUAGAGGAGGACCUAUGUUUUAUGCCAGUCAAGUUGGGUUACGUAAAGUUUAUGAGCGAAUAAAGUAUUAUCAGAAACAUUUCCCUGAAACUAGUCAUUGGAUAGCCAGUGAAAUGUUGCAGAGGAUAGCUGAGAGUGGUAGAAAUGUACCUAUUUCUGAGUGGACGAAGUUUAACCCUACCCCUACUUCGAGCAGACUAUAGUAAUGAAUUCCAAACCCAUAUUCACAUUGAUUCAAAUACUGAUCAAAACUAACUCAUUUUAGAAUAUGAGGCUGAAAUAAUAUUUUUUCUAUUAAAUAAUUGUAACUUGAAAUCUCCAUCAUUAUUUAAAUUUUAAGUGCUAUAAAUAUGUAUCAAAAUCGAUUCUAUUGUUCUAAAUUAUUUUUUAAAUUUUACAUAAAAUAAAUAUGUAUUCCAGAGCUCAAUGAAUAAUUUUAUUAAACAGAAGUUUUGAUUUCACUGUUUGACAGAAAGUACACAAGUUUCGUAUAUUAAAAAAUAAUAGGGGAAAUUCCACUACUUGAAGUAAAUUCAGUUAGGAUAAAAAGCUUACUACAGCAACAAUAUGACUUUAAAUUACUCUUUUUGAGUUAUUCAAUCAAAUUACCUUACCAAUACCCUUUUACCCUUCAAAACAUCUUUGAUCUCCAUUUUGUACUUGGUUGUUGAGUUAACUCGGUGUCAACAAGAUUAGUAAGAAGGUGAACAAGUUGUCUUAAUAAUACAUGGUUAAUAAUUUCAUUUCAAUAUUUAUUUAUUGAUUAUGUGAAGACAUUAUGUCAUGUUAAGUGAAUGAUAUAUAAAUGCGUAUUUACAUGAACACUUUAUAAAAUGAAAGUAUUUUUUUCUCUAUUCCGCAAUAGCUAACUACACAUCUCUCUCAUUAACAAGAUAUUGUGUACAAAAUCAUUUUCUAUUAAUACUUUGAUUUCAUUCAUAACCUCCCUCUUUUAGCAGCUGUGCAACAUCAAAAUAACUUCUCAUUGAACAUAUAUUCAAGUUUUUGUUGGAAAUGGAAGUCAUUCCAAAGUAGCAUCAGUUUUCCUGGAUAAAUGAAUUUUUUUUACAUUGUUGAGGCUGAAAAAUUUCAUUUCUCUUAAACAGUAAGCCACCAAAUAAAAAUGAAUCAACCUUUUAUAGAUGAAUAAGUUCUGAGUAUACAAAUCAUAAAAGAUUGACUAAAAAACAUGAAGUAUCAGCUUCCUGCUUCAAAAAUAUUAAGGGAAAUAACCCCUUUCUGUACUAAUCAGGUCGAAUCCAUACUUAAAAAAAAAUGAAUUUAAAUAUAAGCAGUGCCAUAUCAACAAUAUACAAGUCUGUAACAUCAACAAUAAGACAAUUUGGGAAUGUACCCAGGACUAAGUUCAAUAACUGAUUGCAUCCUCCAUUUAAAUGCCAUAUUCUUUCAAUUCCAAAAGCCCUUUACUGCCUCUUGUUAAUCAGAAUCUUCCUGUUUGAUUUUCUUUUUUUUCUUCUUCUUUUUCUCACUGGAUUCAACAU